AUGUUUGGGAAUCAUUGCCAAUCAGAUUGGGUAGCAUUACUACCAUUGGCUGAAUUUGCUCUAAACAAUUUAAAGCAAACUUCCACAGGCAAAUCCCCCUUCCAAAUUUGUUAUGGCUAUAAUCCAAGAUUUUUGGUUGGUCAAAAAUCAGACAAGGUAGUUCCAAACGCAGACAAACAUGCAGAAUUUCUGGAAAAAGGAUACGAUGAAGUCAAAGCAGCUCUAUCCUUAUCCCAGGAAAGAAUGAAGUACUUUUAUGAUCAAAGACAUAAAGACAAAGAUGAAAUUCAAGUAGGAGACAAGGCCUGGCUGAGUCAUCAAAACAUAUCCACAGACAGACCCUCAAUGAAACUCAGCCAUAAAAAAUUAGGACCCUACUUAGUAAUUGAAAGAAUAGGAUCACACGCAUACAAACUUCAAUUACCCCACACUAUGCGCAUACACCCUGUGUUCCAUAUCAAUCUUCUUACUAAAUUUCAUCCUGACCCUCACGGACGCAACCCUCCCCAACCUGCACCCAUUAUCACAAAAGAAGGAGAGGAGGAAUAUGAGGUUGAAAAAAUCCUGGAUAGCAAAUGGAAAGGACGUGGUAAAACAAGGAAACUAUGGUAUCUGGUUAAGUGGAAAGGAUAUGAUGAAGGAAGCAAUUCCUGGGAGCCAAUUGAUAAUGUGGCCAAUGCCAAGGAAGCAAAAGAAGAGUUCCAUAAGGAGUACCCUGAUGCAGUUGGAGCUUGA